AUGUCUGGGGAACAACCAUGUUAUACUAUAAUAUCUGUUCCUACCGAUUACGAGUUCCCAAAGGAAGAAACAUUGAGAGAGAAGUUUGAGAAUGGUAAGUGGCUCUGCAAUGUCUUAUUUGAGAUUUCAGGUGAUAUCAAAGGCAAGCAAGAUGCCUUAAAGAAACUGAUUUUGAUGUUGCAACAGGGUGAGAAGCUGAAUCCAAUGAUGUUAAUGACAGUCAUUCGAUUCUGUCUGCCAAGUUCGGAUCACACUCUCAAGAAGUUGCUCCUUAUCUUCUGGGAGAUUGUGCCGAAGACCAACAGUGAAGGAAAGCUUCUACAGGAGAUGAUUUUGGUCUGUGAUGCCUACAGAAAGGAUCUUCAACAUCCGAAUGAAUUCAUCAGAGGUUCUACCUUGAGGUUCUUGUGUAAAUUGAGGGAACCUGAGCUUCUCGAGCCCUUGAUGCCCUCUAUUAGAAAAUGUUUGGAGCACCGACACAGUUAUGUUAGAAGGAAUGCGGUCGUCGCCAUCUUCACCAUUUACAGCAAGUUUAUUUGAUUAUUUUUGUUGAAUUUUAGACAAUAUUUUCUUGAAGUCUUUAAUGUUGAAACAGACUAACCUACGAUCUUUACAGAAAACUUCGAAUUCCUUAUCUCUGAUGGCCCAGAAUUGAUUGCCAACUUCUUGGAAUCGGAGCAGGAUGCCUCUUGUAAAAGAAAUGCGUUCAUGAUGUUGCUCCACGUCGAUGAAGCAAGGGCUCUGGAGUAUCUUUCCGAGUGUAUUGACCAAGUUCACACAUUUGUCGACAGUCUUCAACUUGUUAUUGUGGAGCUCAUCUAUAAAGUGUGCCACAAGAAUCCUUCAGAGAGAUCCCGGUUUAUCAGAUGUGUCUACAAUCUUCUUCAAUCUCAAUCAACUGCUGUCAGAUACGAGGCUGCUGCCACUUUGGUCACCUUAAGCUCUAUGCCAUCUGCUAUCAAGGCUGCAGCAUCAGUUUAUAUUGAUUUAAUCGUCAAAGAAGCUGAUAAUAAUGUCAAAUUGAUUGUGCUGGAUCGUCUGAUUGAACUCCAUGAGAAUAUCCCAAAUGAAAAGGUCCUUCAAGACCUUGUUAUUGAUGUGCUCAGGGUCCUUUCGGCCACUGACCUUGAAGUGAGAAAGAAGAUUCUUCAACUAGCGUUGGACCUGGUUUCCUCAAGAAAUGUGAAUGAGAUGGUGAUGUUCUUGAAGAAGGAGAUUGAUAAGGCCCAGAAUGACAGCCAAGAAAACAACGGAGCCUAUAAGCAACUUUUGGUCCGAACUCUCCAUCGCACCACCAUCAAAUUCCCUGAUGUUGCUCAACAGAUCUUCCCCGUUUUGAUGGAAUUCCUCUCCGAUGACAGUGAAUUGGCCGCCAAUGAUGUCUUGGUCUUCGUGAGAGAAGCCAUCGGGAAGUUAGCUCAUCUUAGAGGUGUUAUCAUGCAACAACUUUUGGUAUGUUGUAUUUUAUAAUGUACUUUAUUUUGAUGUUUACUAUUAUUAUUUUUAUUUUUAGGAAGUGUUCCCCCUGAUCAGAAAUGUGAAUGUCUACCGAUCAGCUCUCUGGAUUCUCGGAGAGUUCGUGGACACCGGUGUGGCUGUUGAGAAGGUGUUCGAUCAUAUUAAAGAUGGCAUUGGGCCUCUUCCAUUGGUUGGGGAUGGAGAAGAAACUGAGCCAACUGAGAAAAAGGAAGUCCAUCACAAGGAAUCGAAGCCCAAACAAUUGGUUACUGCUGAUGGGACGUACGCAACUCAGUCUGCUUUGUCCACUGUGGCCAAGCCGGUUGAUGAUGAUAAACCAUUCUUGAGGAAGUUGUUCUUGGAAGGAAAUUACUCGGUCGCGGCUGUGUUGGCCACUGCUUUGUCCAAAUUGGUCCUAAAAUAUACCAAGUACUGUCAGAGUAAGUUAAAUAUUUUUUUUUGAGUGUUUCGUUUUUUAGAUAAUGAGAAUGUGAACCGAUUUGCUGGAGAAGCCCUUUUGAUCCUCGCUUCGAUCAUUAGACUUGGACGAUCGGAUGUUCCAACUACCAAGAUCACCGAAGAUGACUUGGACAGACUCUCGACCAGUGUUAGAAUCAUCUCUGAUCGGUGGCCGAAAGCAGAAGAAAUUCUUUUGGAAGACUGCAGAGAGUCUUUGAAUUUGAUGCUCAAAGUCAAAGGAGAUUCGGACAGGCAUGAGGAGACUCACACUAAGAAGGCCAAAAUUAUCCAGGUAUGUGAUGCAGGCAUAUUGUUAUUGUCUUGUUUUUAGGCCGACACCACUAUCAACUUUACUCAAUUGGCCUCCCGUGCUGGUGAAGUUACCGCCACGGCUAAUCUGUUCGAUCUGAGCUUGUCUCAAGCGCUUGGAACAGCUCCCAAGACUGCUAAAUUCGACUUUGCCAGCUCCAAGUUGGGCAAGGUUGAACAAUUGGCUGGCUUUUCGGACGCUGUUUAUGCUGAAGCUUAUGUCAACGUUAACCAAUAUGAUAUUGUCUUGGAUGUUUUGGUGGUAAAUCAGACAAAUGAUACUCUCCAAAACUUGUCUCUUGAGUUCUCGACAAUUGGAGAUCUGAAGUUGGUGGACAAACCAGCGCCAAUCACUUUGGCUCCUAACGAUUUCUCAAAUAUCAAGGCGACAAUCAAAGUGACAUCGACUGAGAAUGGAGUCAUCUUCUCGACAAUCUCCUAUGAUGUGAAGGGUUCAACUUCGGACAGGAAUUGCGUCUAUCUCAAGGAUAUUCACAUUGAUAUUAUGGUAGGCUGAGAUUAAUUUUUAUGUAGAUAGUAUAAAAUUUUUGGGGGGUUGAUGUUAAUUUUGUUGUUUUAGGACUACAUUGUACCUGGCCAAGUCACCGACACCGAGUUCCGAAAGAUGUGGGCCGACUUUGAAUGGGAGAAUAAGGUCCCCGUCAACACGAAUAUCACCGAUCUCAGGGAAUACAUCGAGAACAUUGCUGAGGCCACCAAUAUGAAAUUAUUAACACAAGAAGCUGCUUUGGGUGAGAAAUUGUUUUUAGGAUUAUGAGCUAUGGAAUUUGAGAGUAAUUCUUGUAUUAUUUUAGAUGGAGAAUGUGGAUUCCUGGUCGGUAACUAUUGUGCUCACAGUAUAUUCGGGGAAGACGCCCUGGCCAAUGCCUCCAUUGAAAAAGCGGAUCCAUUGGAUCCAAACAGCGCCAUCCAUGGAUCCAUUCGAGUCCGAGCAAAAUCUCAGGGAAUGGCCCUCAGUCUGGGCGAUAAGGUAUGUUAUUUUAUAUUAUACUUGAUGGUAAUCAGGGAUAAGGGAAUAUUGAACGUUUACUUUCAGAUAACGUUAGCACAGAAGAAGAAACAGGCCGAACAAGCGGCAUAA